GCCAAAAAUUAAGAUUUAUUUUCAUGUUAUAAAAAUAAUCAUUUUAAUUUCAUGGUGCGGUUUUAUAUUUUAAUCAAAUGUUUGAUUUCAAAGAUAUGAUAGUGAAUAUUACAGACGAUUUAAGUAUUGAAUUAUAAAUAAAUUUAAAUUGAAUAAGAUUUUGAUUUAAUAAAAAUCUUCACUCUUCAGUUUUCAAUAACCUAAAGUAACAUUACCUUAACCUUUAAAAUAUUUCAUAAUAAAAAACUGGGAGAGAUUUAAAUAUAUUUGUUUUUGUUUUAUAUUAUUUUAAUUAAAUAUUUUGUUUUUUUAAUAUUUAAAAAUAUUUAUUUAAAGUUGAAAGUAUUGUCAUUGUUAUUAAAAAUGCCAUUAAUAUAUAGAAAUAUUACUCGAAUGAGUUAUUGUGUUAAUCGAUACAUUUGUUCAACUCCUGUAAAUAAUAAUAAGAAAACAAACUUUGCCUUUCGCAGACAAGGAAAUGGUAUCCCGAUCGAGACGAAAAAAUUUCUCCGUCACUUCCAUCUACUCCUCAAAAACUAGUAAGCCCACAUGUAACUCGUAGAGUUACAGUAUUGAACAAACUUUUUAUGAAAUACGUAACAGACAUAAUGACAACUGGUGAAGUAGCAGCUGAUGUAGUAGGACUUGGAAUUGAAAUUUCUCGAGUCAAGCUAUCCAAUGAUUUCAAACUAGUAAGAGUGAUGUGGUUUUCUUCCAAUACCAAAAAUUUAGAUCACAUCUCUGAUAUACUUCAUCAAACUGCCUUUAAAUUACGACAUGAAUUGUCUCAAUUGAAAAUUAUUGGUGUCGUUCCUCCAAUAAUAUUUGUAAAAGAUAAACAAUCGGCAAGUUUAGCUAAUCUUGAAAAAACAUUUGAAACUGCCGAUUAUGGAGAAGAUUAUGUACCAACUGUGCGUAUACCUCCUAAACCUGAGCUGUGUUUGUUUACAAGAUUACCUCAGGAGGUUCGCGAUCAAAUUAAAUUAAAUGAUUCUUCUAAUAUUAUAACUGUUGAAGAUGAUAAUGAUAAUAUUGAUGAAACUGAUGAAAUUGAUGAUGGAGAAAUAUACAAUGUAAAAUUACCACCUAUGAGACAAGAUGUAUUAGGUUUAAAUCGAGAAUUGAUAAUGACCCAAAUAAAACAAUCGCUUUAUAAAAGUAAAGAAGCAUUGCAAAAUAGGCUAGACAAUGUAUCAAUUGAAACAUCUCAAACAUUAAAAACGUUUGAUCCGUCAAGUAUCAAUGCACUACGAACAGAAGAAGAAAAUCAAGCCUUCGAUGAUUUCUUAUUAAAAAGACAAAUUGAAGCAAAACGUCAAAGAAAAUACGAAAUGCAAAAUUUUUACGAAGACAAUUUGGAUAUUCAAGAGAAAGUUGAAGACGAGCUAGAUGAUUAUGAUGAAGAAUUUGAUUUUGAUCAAUUUAAUGACAUUAAUGAAAGAGAUCUAAAGUAAUUAUGUUCCAGAUUAGUUGGCGUUUCAUUGGGGAAUGUUUCUUCCUGACUAUCAUCUUCGUUUUCGGAUUUUGAAUCUGUUGAGUCAAUUGGUAAUGGAGGAAGUUUACGAGGUAUAAUUCUGGAAGUUUGUUUGACGUGUUUUGAAGUGAGUUUUGGAAAACUAUCACUCAAAGCACAAGCUUCAAGAACAUGUUUGUUAAAAAUUUCACUUUUAUCGGCAUAAACGUGAUGACCAGCUCCCGAUAUGACCUGUAAAUAAACACUUUAUUUAGUUUUUAAAUAAAAUUAUUGUAACAUUUAACAA